UAGCCGCGCCGGCGACCGUGAUACUCGAUCCACAUUCCUGUAUCGUCGAUCGCGUCGUCGUCAUCAUUCUUCGUUCAUCAUUAUUGCUACACUGAUAAAACCGUUGCGAUCAUCGCGAGAAGUUACAACUGAGCGAAGCAUUUCGCGUGACCCAUGUGCCGACCCGGAUACUAAAUAACGCUCGUAAUAUUAAUGCGAAGUCAUCCCGAUAAUUUUAUAUUUACAUAUGUAUAUAUUUAUUGUGUCGAUAAUAUUAUCGAACUUUUAAUAUGUGCCAGUAUACCAAUUGAAUGCGAACAAUCGGUGCUGAAUUGUGAAUCAGUGCGAAUAUCAAUCAAGUUCUUCUCAGUCGUGACUUGACAAUAAUCAUCAACGGCAAAGAAAUAAGAAGAAAAUUAUCAGGAUGACGAACGUUUUAAACACUACAGCCCAUUUGGUCAGUCUAAUGAUGUACGGUUUUACUUUAUUCUAUGCCUUCAUCAUCUUACACAUUCCUAUAUUCGGAAAAAAAUUUGAAAAGUUUGAUCCUGGUCAAUUCAAGUACUUAACGAUAUGGAAUGUGAUUUUACAAGCCGUAUUCUUCUUAAUAUGUCUGUUGAACGAUUUUUACGGUACGAAUGCUGUAAACCCCAAGAAACCACCUUUUGCACGAAAGUUGAAGGAUUACUUCCAUGCGAGUCUCGGAUUUCCCGUUGCCAUGUUCGUUGGCGUGACCUUCUGGGCAUUGAUGUUCGUGGACCGUGAAUUAGUAUUACCAAAAGCAUUGGACCCGUACUUUCCAUGGUGGUUGAAUCAUUUAAUGCACACGAUGAUUAUGGUAACGACCGUGUUCGAAAUGAUUAUCGCGCCACGACAAUAUCCCAAGCGAUCUCGCGGCCUUGGAAUACUCGUGGGCUUCAUGCUCGUAUACUUAGUCUGGAUGCACGUAAUUUAUUACAAAAGCGGCAUCUGGGUGUAUCCUGUGAUGGAUGUGUUAACACAACCGCUGCGAAUCCUAUUCUUUGCGGUGCUGCUAACGUUUUGCACAAUUCUAUACUUCGUCGGGGAAACGCUGAACAACAACAUCUGGGGUAACGAACACACUAAGCAUAAAAAAUCUCAUGCCAAAUCCAAGUAGCCUCGCCUAAGCGGGCAAUUCCUCACUGGGUGAUGAACUGUGUUUACGUUCUUGCCUGCCGUCUUUGCGGUGGUGGUGAAUAAACCAGAAUGAAAUCUUUUUUUUUUCUACACCUCCGUUGCAGCAUGCACGUAUAUAUUAUAUUAUUUAUCAAUAUUAAAUAUGUCAUUUAGAAUCUUAGCGUUGUAUAUGUAUGUGCAUGCGAAUAGCGCGCAUUUAUUUAGGGUGUAACGGGAUGAGAAUCGCGCGUUAACCCGGCACGAUGGAAAUAACAUAUGUAAGUGAGCGAACGCAUGUGCAAGACGCAAUGCAUUUCUAUGUGUGAUUGACGGACAAGGGAAACUAAUUCUAGGGGUGUCUCUUUUUCUCUUUUUGCGCGCGUCAAUCGAAUCAAAACAAUACACGCAUCUCUCAUAUCAAUAUUCCCUCGUCCCUCACAACAAUACUUAUUUUUGUACUUUCGUAGAGCGAACGAUCUAUUAUAUUAUUGUGUUUAUCUGCCAAAUAAAGUUAAUAUGGUGCACGAAGAAUACUGUGUGUAUAAUAUAUGCAUAUAAUGUGUACAAUAUAGCGCAUACAAUGCAACACAAACUUGCCCGAUCUAAAGUCCGGAUAUAUUUGUGAUCGAGUGUAGGAAAAAAAUACGUAACGGAGAACUUGGAACCGGAUAUGAAAACGUAGAAACGCCCGAGAAACGGACACAAGAGGAAUCUUAAAUAUCUCUCCCUCUUUCACUCUAUCUGUCUGUCUGUCAUAAUAUACCGGUUACAUCCGAAGAUAACAUCGUCGAAGACAUUUUCUUGCUACAAGAAAAAUGCUCGGCGAGACCUAGUAUUAGUUUAUGGGACGAAGAUUCAACUUUCCGAUAUUGACAUAAAUAUAUUUCGUAUAUGAUUCUUGAUUUAAUUCAGCGAUAUAUUUAAUGAUAUAUGGCCUAAAUAUUAAUAUUGAAUAUAAAUAUUUUUUUAGAAAUUUUAUUAAAUUAGAUCAAUGGAUGAGUCUUUCUUGAUAUUAAUUUCUUUGUGCCAAAAAUAGUCUUUAAAUCAGACGUAUAUUAUUACGCGCAAUAGCUGCUAAAAUAUGCAUUGUUCUGUGUGAUUAGAUAUCCUAUAAUAAAAAUGUAAAUGAUGAUAAUUUUAUUUCUCUCGAAAAAAACAGAAAAGUAAAAUAUAUUUAAUAUAGCAAUUAAUUUUGAACACACACACACACAUAUAUAUUGAAAGCAAUAUAUUUUAGAAUUAUAUAUAUAUAUAUAUAUAUAUAUAUAUAUAUAUAUAUAUAUAUACACACAUAGUAAUAGAAAGUUUUAAAUAGAAACACAUUUAAGAAAAUAUAAGAAAAUAUGAGAAUAGUAAAAUUUAAAUUUAAAAAAAUUUAAAAUGCGACGUAUACAUACACACAUACAGAUUCUAUAUCUGUAAAUAUAUUGAUAAGAAUUACGAAGUAUAUAUGAAAAGCAAUGAUAAAAAAACAGUUUAUAACUAAGUAACAAAUUUCAUUAGAAACAUUUGUUAUAAAUAUUCAGCAGAAUGCGAUUUUUAGAUUUUCAUAUUAGCAAAAAAGUAAUCCACUGAAUACUACUUUUCCAACUGUGAAAAAUAUGAUUAUUGCAAAAGUACACGACAAGUACUAUCUAAUGGUUAUAUUAAAAUGUAAAAAGAGCGUUUAUUGUACGGACGUUUAAUUUUAGAUAAUAUAAUUAUAUCGAGAAAAAGUUUUUUCUGUUUUCAUUAGCGCCAUAAUUAUAAUAGGCAAUAGAUUAAUGCUGUAAUAGAAUUAUAUAAAAAAUGUAUUUUAUUUAGCUAUAUGUUAAAAAAAAUAUACGUAUAAACAAAGAAUCUUAUUGUUAUAGAGAGCGUUCGAUAUACACAUUCUUAUAUAAACGUCUGAACAUACACAAUAUUCGAACUACAAUAGUUUUUCAUUUUUGCGGGAAAAUAAUGUUUACGACAUGUUACAUUUUAGGAAUUCGCUAAUAUCGAUAUAAAUAUAGAUUAAAUUAUAUUACUUGCGCGAUAUGCAAGUUAUCGAUCGUAUUGAAAUUUGAUUACUAUUUUAGCAACAAUAAAAUGUAGAAAAAUA